AUGUUUUUCAUUAUUAAUAAUUGUAAAUUAAAUGAACUUCAAGAGAAUAAAAUAGAUAUUAAUGAUCCAUUAUAUAUAAAAUGUUUGGAUCAUAUGAAGUCUCAUCAAUUACCAAAUCACAUAAAGUUACCAUCUCAAUAUAAUAAUUUUAUAAAAAGAGUGAAUACUAAACAUAUAAUUUUAGUAAAAGAAAAUCAAAUUAAAUCCAUUUCAAAAGAAAUGCAUACAAUUCAAACAACUCAAUAUAUAGAUUUAUUAGAUAUCACAAACAACAAUGAUAAUAAUAGUGGUAUUUCAAUAAGAAAUUAUUACCAACAAUUAUUUUUACAAAUUCAACAUCUUAAACAACAAAUUCAACAAUUAAAUAAUCAAAUAAUAAAUCUUUAUUAA